AUGGAGAACCCCCUCCCUGAUCUGCCCGAUUUCCCCUUCUACACGAAGCAAAACAUUUGCGACAACACCUUGGACAACGCGCAGCUGGAGACGCGAUGUCCGCUUGACGAUGGACGACUCGCCGACGCUUCCAUCCCCGGGCGUCGUUCCGCUGGCCAGCUCGACCAGCUCCCAGCAGAGCUUCUCAUCAUGGUCCUGCUGCACAUCGACAUCCCCUCGCUGAUUCACUUUCGUCGUGUCAACCGCCGCGCGUUGGAGCUCGUCGACUCGAUCCCCCAGUAUGCCGCCCUCAUCAAGCAGUGCCCCAACAUCAUCCGCGCCAUUCUCAGCAUCCAGGCAGACGCGUUCGAUUGUGGCACAUUGUACCGAACCCUCAGCACACACCGAUGUUCGACGUGCCAGCGCUUUGGCGAUCAUCUCUACCUCAUCGACUGCCGCCGCGUUUGCUAUCUCUGCUUCACCAUGUGGCAGGAGUACUUCCCCCUCACAAUUGGACAAGCAUCGCGUUUCUUCUCUCCCGACGUGACGCAGCAGCGCAAGGCCAUCACCGCCCGCCGACUCUUGCGUGCGGCGAACCCUCCGAGCAUCCUGAGCCUGCCCAGGCGGUACUGUACCGCCUGGCCGCACCUGUGGGAUGCUGGGCGGCAGGCCGACUGGGGCUACUUCUGUCUUGGCUGCAAGGAGGAAAAGGAGGAGGAUGGAACAAAGCAUUUCCGGACGCCAAGCAUAGUCUUUUAUCGGUAA